AUGACUACCUUCCAGAACGUCACCCAGCAGGUGAAUCUGAACAACGCGGUCAUAGCUAUCGCUCUGUGGAAUUCUGGCUAUGUUACCGGCAAUCCCGGCGUGCAGACUGGAAUUAAUGCGACGUUCCCGGCCGUCAUCCUUAUCCCCAAUCCCAACCCAUACUGGGGCGCCGGUGGAGUCAUCGCAAACAGGAGAGUGGGAUGGUCGGGCCCGGUUGGUAACCACGUCACCCUUUCCGAUCUUGGCCCUCUCCCGCUAGCAGGAGCAGCGGAUUCGGCUACGGCGGAGCCUAACACGGCGCCCACGAAUUUCACAGCUGGCAAGUGGUCGGACGCAGAUACUGCGACUCUCAGAGAGGGCGCAGAUGCGCUUCGCAAGGCGCUGGACGACCGGGAUGCGGGCUUUUCGGAUGAGAUCCGAAGUGGAAUUCACAAGGUCCUCGAUGCGGUUGAUGAGGAGCUCGCGAAGCGAUAG